UUUGGUUCAAGGCAACGCAAAAAAAAAAUUCAACAUGAAGAGAACAAAAUACCUUUUCAUGGCAACACUUGUGGUUUUGAUUUUCGUUGGCAUAUCCAAAGCUACUAUAAUUUUUGAAGAAACUGAACAACCAGCCUGUGAUCAGUACAGUUUGCCAGCAUGUUCAAGGCAUUAUGCACCAGUCUGUGGCACAAAUGGUAUCACAUACUCAAAUGAGUGUUUGAUGUGCGUUGACAUCAAGCAGAGAAAGACUAACAUUCGUAUUACAAAACGAGAUGAGUGCUGAUGUUACCCAUUUGAACACCAGACAUUAAAGAGCAUUUUGCAAAAGCAAUGUCUGCCUGACUUGUUGAUAAAAUAAAUAGAAUGAACUAUUUACCAUG